GUUGUUGGCCGGCACAGAAUUGACGAUGCUGCCCCGGCGCGUGGAGGUGCUCGCGGCCCUGGCCUGGGCAUUCUGGGCAGCGUUGGCACACUGCGAGGCGUCGGGCGGCGUCGUGAAGCUCCCCGAUGACUUCAUCGUGGGGUCGGGGACCUCCUCGUACCAGGCCGAGGGCGCGUGGAACGUCAGCGGGAAGGGCGAAAGCCUCUUCGACCGCAUUCUGCAUUCCAGUGCCUUGACGGGAGUGCCCAACGCUGAUGUGGGCGCAGACUCUUACCACCGAAGCAAAGACGACGUGGCUGCUGCUCGCGAACUGAAGCUGCGAAUGUAUCGCUUCUCCCUGUCUUGGCCACGCCUCCUUCCCAAUGGCUGGACCAGUAACGUCAACCAGGACGGACUGCGCUACUACAACCAACUUAUAGACGAUCUGCAGGACAGCGGUAUACAACCGAUGGUAACCCUCUUCCACUGGGACGCCCCGCAGGCUUUGCAGGAUGAGUUCGACGGCUGGAACGAUGACAAAAUGGUCGACGCCUUUGUGGCCUAUGCAGACUUUGCAUUCACCCAUUUUGGUGACAGGGUGCGGUACUGGACCACGCACAACGAGCCCUACCUGUUCUGCAACUUCCUCCCCAACAUUGCCGCCUUCCUCGCCGGCACGGAGAUACCGGACACCGCGCCCACACCGGCACCCGGUCAGGAGGCGAACGACUACAAAUGUCUGCAGAGAAUAGUGCUGUCGCACGCCCGCGCCUACCGGCUGUACCAGGAGAAGUACGCGGCAAAGCAACAUGGGCUCAUCGGGCUGAGUAACUUCGCCUUCGCCCCGCGGCCGAACUCCUCGUCCUUCGCGGACGUGGCCGCGGUGCGGCGCUACAACCUGCUGACGCUGGGCACCACGUUCGGGCCGCUCGUCACGGGGGACUACCCCGUCGAGGUGCGCCGCAUGGUGGACGAGGCCAGCGAGCGCGAGGGGCUUGGCAAGUCGCGGUUGCCCGAGUUCAGCGCCGACCAACGCGCCAUGCUCAGAGGAACCAUUGACUUUCUCGGCGUCAAUAAUUACUUUGGACAGACAAUCGCGGCUGCGAAACGACCGGAGCGAGGAAGCGCUCUGACCGACGCGGCGGUGCGAGUGGUUGCCAACGACGUGUUUGGCUCUCAUGCUGUCACUGCAUUUUCUCAGAUGACACCCUGGAGUUUGAAGGAGGCGGCGCUGUGGUGUUGGGCGGAGUACCGCGUCCCCAUAUUCGUGACGGAGAACGGUUUCAUCACAGAGAACAGCGUCGUAUCCCUUGACGACAACAUCCGCGCUGUUUACCAUAGUGCCUACAUGCGGGAGCUAGUUCGAGGCAUCGAAGAAGAUGGCGUGCGUGUUCUCGGCUACUUGGCGUGGAGCCUCAUAGAUCUUUUCGAGUGGGUUCGUCAGUACAAAUAUUCGUACGGUUUGGUGCACGUGGACUACGCCGGCGGAUCGCUGAACCGAACGCUCAAGAAGUCCUCGGCGUUCUUCAAGGAGGUUGGGGAGACGAGGACCAUUCCCGAAGUGGCUGCCAGCUCGGCGCGUUUCUCGUCUUCGCUGCUGCCCGUCUUCGCCGGCCUCAUUUUACUGAAAUGCCUUUAACAGCACCAUUUACAUUCACCCGUCAAACUUUAUCGCAUCUGUUUCUGAAUCGUUUCUCAUUAAAUCUAGUAUUUAUAAAACUUAAA